AAUGCGCGUGUUGCGUCACAGGAGAGGGACCAUGAUGGCGGCGGUUGGUGCAUCAGAAGUGAUCACACAGCUGGAAAGCGCUGCCAAAGUUUUAAUGGCUCCACCAUCAAUGGUCAGCAAUGAACAAAGGCAACAUGCUGAGCACAUUUUCCUCUCCUUCAGAAAAUCCAAGUCUCCAUUUGCCAUCUGCAAGCACAUCUUGGAGACCAGCAAAGUGGACUAUGUGCUUUUCCAAGCGGCCACAGCCAUCAUGGAGGCAGUGGUGCGGGAGUGGAUCUUACUGGACAAGACCAGUGUCGAAUCACUACGGGCCUUUCUCCUCACUUAUGUUCUCCAGAGACCCAAUCUGCAGAAGUAUGUACGUGAGCAGAUGCUGCUGGCAGUGGCAGUCAUUGUGAAGCGGGGAUCCCUGGACAAAUCCAUUAGUUGUAAAAGUAUCUUUUUGGAAGUUGGACAGCUCAUCAGCAGCGGGAACCCCACAGUGCAAACACUGGCCUGCUCCAUCUUGAUGGCUCUGCUCACCGAGUUCUCUAGUUCUAGCAAGACCAGCAGCAUCGGCCUCAGCAUGGAGUUCCACGGCAACUGCAAGCGUGUCUUCCAGGAGGAAGGGCUUCGGCAAAUCUUUAUGUUGACGAUGGAUGUGCUCCAGGAAUUCAGUCGAAGGGAAAACAUCAACGCGCAGAUGUCCUCUGUCUUUCAGCGCUACCUGGCUCUGGCCAACCAGGUGCUCAGCUGGAACUUCAUGCCACCAAAUCUAGGUCGCCACUACAUUGCUAUGUUCGAGGCCACGCAGAACGUCAUGUUGAAGCCUACUGAGACCUGGAGGGAGGCGCUGCUGGACACUCGCGUCAUGGACCUCUUCUUCACAGUGCACAGGAAGAUUAGGGAGGACUCGGACAUGGCCCAGGACUCUCUGCAGUGCCUGGCCCAGCUGGCCUCCAUGCAUGGACCAAUCUUUCCUGAUGAGAGCGCCCAAGUCUCUUACCUAGCCCACCUGGUGGAGGGUCUGCUCAGCAUGAUAAAUGGGAUUGAGGUCGAGGAUUAUGAAGCAGUGGGCCUCUCCAACAUCAUCUCCAACAUGAUCACCAUGUUUCCUCGAAACGUACUGACGGCUCUGCCUAGCGAUCUCUUCACCUCCUUCAUUAACUGCCUCACACUGCUCACUUGCUCCUUUGGACGUAGCGCUGCCCUGGAGGAAGUGCUGGACAAGGACGAUAUGGUCUACAUGGAUGCCUAUGAUAAGCUGCUAGAGUCAUGGCUGUUGCUUGUCCAGGACGAGGAGCAUUUUGCUCGCGGCUGCUUCGUUCAGCCAGCAAUCCAGGUCUUCAACUCAUACAUUCAAUGUCACCUAGCUGCUCCCGAGGGCACACGGAACUUGUCUGUAAACGGCAUCACAUCUCAUGAUGAGGAGGAAAUCAACGAGAUACAAGAGGACGACAGAGAGCUUUUCUCCGACCAGCUGUCCAGUAUCGGUAUGCUGGGACGUGUGGCAGCUGACCACUGUAUCCCCCUGCUCACGAGUCUACUGGAGGAGCGGGUCACCCGUCUGCAUGGCCAACUACAGAGCACACAGCAGCAGCUCAUGACCACAUCAGACCUCAAAUCGGAGGACCGCAAAGUGCUGGAUGAGCUUUAUGAGGACAUUCACUGGCUUAUACUGGUCUCAGGGUAUUUACUAGCAGAUGACGCUCAGGGUGAAACCCCCAAGAUCCCUUCCGAGGUAAUGGCGUUCUCCAUUAAACAAUCAACAGAGGUGGACAUCAACACAACACUACAGAUCCUGGGGUCACCGGGAGAGAAGGCUUCCUCGAUACCAGGGUCCAACCGCACUGACUCUGUCGUCAGGUUGCUGUCUGCUGUGCUGCGGACAUCAGAGGUGGAGUCCAGGGCGACCAGAGCGAGUCUGACUGAGUUGUUAAGUCCACAGAUGGGAAAGGACAUUGUGUGGUUUCUGAGACGAUGGGCCAAGACCUACCUGUUGGUAGAUGAGAAGCUCUACCAGCAGAUCAGUCUUCCGCUGAACACUGCGUUUGGCGCAGACACUGAAGGGGCCAAGUGGACCGUGGGCUAUCUUCUGGAGAAGGUGAUCAACAAUCUGUCAGUAUGGAGCUCAGAACCUGAGCUGGCUAACGACACGGUGGAGCUGCUGGUGACCCUGGUGGAGAAACGAGAGAGGGCCAACAUUGUGGUGCAGUGUGAAAGCUGGUGGAACCUGGCAAAGCAGUUUGCCAGUCGCAGCCCACCACUCCAUCUGCUGUCCAGCUCAGUGCAGAGGACUUUAAUGAAGGCAUUGGUGCUGGGCGGCUUCGCCAACAUGGACUCAGAAAACAAGCAGCAAUACUGGGCCGAGGUGCUCCAUCCUUUACAGCAGCGUUUCCUCAACCUCAUCAACCAGGAAAACUUUGCACAGAUCUGUCAGGAAGAGCCGGUGAAGCUGGAAAUAGUGGCCACGUUGGAAGCGCUGUGUGGAAUCGCUGAGGCAACGCAGGUCGACAACGUGGCAAUGCUCUUCACCUUCAUCAUGGACUUUCUAUCCAGCUGCAUUGGCCUCAUGGAGGUCUACAGCAGCACGCCGGAAACCAUCAAUCUCAUCAUUGAGGUGUUUGUGGAAGUAGCACACAAGCAGAUCUGCUUCCUGGGAGAGGCCAAGUCCAUGAAGCUAUACGAAGCUUGCCUCACGCUGCUGCAGGUUUACUCCAAAAAUAACCAGAACAGAAAGCGGUCGGAUGCUACGGCCGAAGAGGACCAGUACCAGGACCUGCUGCUCAUCAUGGAGCUACUGACUAAUCUUCUCUCAAAAGAAUUCAUUGACUUCAGCGACACUGGUGAGUUCGACUUCCUUCUGCAGCUCUUUAUAGCCAACACUAAAAUGCCUCUGUUUUUGUUAGAUGAGGUUUUCCGUGGCCAAGACCAAGCAUCGCCGGCGUCCACACGGACGGUAUCUGCAGCAGACGUGGUCCUUUAUGGUGUCAACAUAGUUCUUCCCCUCAUGUCUCAGGAUCUGCUCAAGUUCCCCUCUCUGUGUAACCAGUACUACAAGCUCAUCACCUUCAUCUGUGAGAUCUUCCCUGAGAAGAUCCCUCUGCUGCCUGAAGAGCUCUUCAAGAGCCUCAUGUUUUCCCUGGAGCUGGGAAUCACCUCGAUGAGUUCUGAGGUCUGCCAGUUGUGUCUUGAAGCUUUGUCUCCUCUUGCUGAACAAUGUGCCAAAAACCAGGAGAAGGACACGCCUCUCUUUGUCGCCACCAGUCACUUUCUCAAGUUGGUGUUCGACAUGCUGGUCCUGCAGAAACACAACACCGAGUUGACCGUCGUAGCUGGAGAAGCCCUUUACACACUUGUGUGCCUGCACCAGGCGGAAUACUCUGAGCUGGUGGAGACCCUCCUCUCCACACAGAGAGACGCCGUCAUCUACCAGAGACUGGCAGACGCCUUCAACAAGCUGACCGCCAGUAGCACGCCCCCCACUAUGGACCGCAAGCAGAAGAUGGCCUUCCUCAAGAGCUUAGAGGAGUUUGUGGCCAAUGUGGGGGGUCUCCUCUGCGUGAAAUAAACACUGGAACCACAAGCUGCCUCCAAACUAGCGCCGGACCUUCCCUUCCCCUCAGAGUCUGAGCAUGGACACGGCUGUCCCUCACUUCUGCGGGGCUUUAUUCUUGUUCCCACAUUUUAAAAGGACAUGAAACACGCUCUCCCGAUGGACAUCCUAAAUGGUGUGGUAGCCAUGGAGACGGAACUGCUACGCACCCAGGCUCAGUUGCGGGUUCAGAUUGCAAUGUUUUCAACACUUGUUUGAACUGACAAAGUAGAACUGUGACCAUCAUGAAACCUGAUGACAGUCUGCCCACCACUCUGUACACUGUACACACACACACACUAGUGUGAGUAUUUGCCUACAGAUUUCUGGAAGGGGCAUUACGCUUGUGAUCAUCACUUCCUGUGUCCACGCACCCCAGUUGACCUACUUUGAUGCUCACACUGACACACACUGUUCUUCGCAGAGUGCCUUUGUUCCUCCGAUUGUGCGGUCUCUUUGCGUCUGAGACGGUGCGUUGUGCAGCGCCACCUGACGUCGGUGCCUCCCCAAACAUCCCAACUCGCGUGAAGUGUUGCCAUGGCAACAAAUGUAUUGCCAGCCAGCCUGUCCUGAAUGUAACCAGAUCUGGUUGCUGAUUUGCUGACUGAAAACUGAAACAACCAAAAGUAGAAUGUGUCUGACUGAAAGUUGUAAAUAUACAAGUGUGAGGAACAUUUGAAGUGUUUUUAAUGAGCCAAUAAUGUCAGCGGACAUUUUGACUUGUGUAUAACAGGAAGAGAAUCAUCGCUCCGUUUGAGUCCCCGCUCUGCUCAAACACCCGCAAGGCUUGGACGAGCCUCUAAACAUUAGGUUUUCUGUUUCUCUAGUGUUGCUUUCUCUCUGCAACCGCACAUCCUCCCUGUUGCUCUCCACACACUGAGGCAGAGGAAGAGCAAUAACAAACCAAAUCGAAAGGAGCAGAGCCACUUUUUCAUGUCUGGAUCCUGGAGCGUCUCCCGGUCGUUGUUCGAUGGCUGAUUUGUU